UCUUCAGUUUGGAAACUAUAACAUAUAUGCUACAACUGAACCUUUAGCAAACAAUUAAGCUUAGGUAGUUAAACAUGGCCUCAUCCUCAACCUUUUCCAUUAUUUUAGGGAUACUGCAGGCUACCAUCUUUCUAAUUUCCAUUGCUAGAACUGUGACUAUAGCAGAUCCAUCGCCUUUGGAGUCCGAAGCCAUAGCUAUGAUAGAAAGUGGGUGGUGGAGUAACUAUAGCAACAAUGCUUCAGAACGUUGUCAGUGGCCAGGUAUAUCAUGCAACACUGCUGGAAGCAUCACCAAAAUUAACAUUUCUGAUGUGCCCAAUAUUGAGGUUGGAGAUAGAUUUGGGAAAUUGAAUUUCACUUCAUUUCCAAAUCUUGUCCUUCUUGAUCUCAGUGAUCGUCCACUUGGAGGAAAAAUCCCGCAUCAGAUAGGUAAUCUAUCCGCAUUGAAGCAACUUGACCUGUCCUUUUGUGGUUUAUCCGGUGAGUUACCUCCUUCUCUAGGAAACCUAACCCAAUUAGAGUACCUUGACAUUUCCUAUAAUUAUAAUAUUAACGGUUCCAUCCCCGCACAACUGGGGAAUCUAGUGAACCUUGUCAGUUUAAAUUUGAGUUGGACCAGUCUUAGUGGAAACAUUCCACCGUUUCUUGGGCUAUUGACCAACCUUAGGCAUCUACUUUUGGAUAGGAAUCAAUUUGAUGAUGGUAAUAAUACAAUCCCUCAAAAUUUGUGGAAUUUGAGGGGUCUUGAGACUUUAAGCCUAAGUGGUUGUGGAAUUGUUGGUCCAAUCCCUUCUGCUUUGGGUCAGUUAUUAAAUCUCAAAUCUUUAAUUCUUUGGGCCAACAAAAUUAAUGGAUCUAUUCCAUCUGCAGUUGGAUUCUUAUCAAACUUAACUUAUUUUGAUGUCUACGACAACAGACUGUUUGGUUCAAUACCUUUUUCCUUGUACCAAUUAACCAAUUUGGAAACUUUGUACCUUGGUAAUAACCAGCUUGAAGGUUCCAUCCCUCAGAAUAUUGAAAAGUUAAUGAACAUCAAGGUUUUAAGCAUCACUAAUACUAGUAUUACUGGUCAUAUUCCCUUAGCUUUGUGUCGUUUGACAAAAUUGGAAUAUAUUAACCUUCACGAAAAUCAAAUCAGCGGUUCAAUCCCUUCUUGUAUUGGUAAGUUGUUCAACUUGCGCAUAUUGUAUCUUGAUUCAAAUCUAUUCGAAGGUCUUAUUCCCGAAGAGAUUGGGAAUUUAGCAAAUUUAACUUCAUUAAGCCUCUCCCAAAACAAGCUGAGUGGUUCAAUCCCUGCAGAAAUUGGUAGGCUUUUUCACCUUUCAAAUUUAAACCUCAGCUUCAACCAACUCUCAGGUAGUGUCCCUAUCUUGUUUGCCACUAAGCUUCGCAUUAUCGAUGCUGGAAAUAAUUGUAACAAGAUUUCUCCCGAUCCAUUUGAAGGCAAUAGUCGUUUAUCACCCUAUAUAUGUCCUCCUCCAGUAACCAACAAAACCAACUGCAGUAGAACUCCUUACUAUAUCAAAAUAUUCCUCCCAAUUGCCAUCUUCUCCACAUUCUCCGUUUUGGGAUGCUUUCUAUUUUCACGGUUUAAACUCAAGAAUAACUGCGUCGAUGUACAACCGACGAAGAAUGGGGAUUUGUGUUCCAUAUGGAACUAUGAUGGAAAGAUAGCAUACGAGGAUAUUGUUGCAGCAACAGAGGAUUUCGACUUUCGAUACUGUAUAGGAGUUGGUGGUUAUGGAAGUGUUUACAGAGCGCAACUACCUUGUGGUAAAGUAGUUGCCUUGAAGAAACUUCAUCGUUUAGAAGCUGAAAAUCCAGCUUUUGACAAGAGCUUCAGGAAUGAGAUCAAGUUUCUAACAGAAAUACGACAUCGAAGCAUCGUGAAGCUUCAUGGGUAUUGUCUACACCGACGGUCCAUGUUUUUGAUCUAUGAAUACAUGGAAAAAGGGAGUUUGUUCUGCAACCUAAGAGAUAAAGCGGAAGCUGUGGAAAUGAAUUGGACAAAAAGAGUGGAGAUCAUCAAAGGCAUAGCGCAUGCUUUGUCUUACUUGCACUAUGAUUGCAGCCCUCCAAUAGUUCAUCGAGACAUAUCAAGUAACAAUGUUCUUUUAAACUCGAGCUUUGAGGCCUUUGUAGCUGACUUUGGGACUGCUAAAAUGAUGGAUCUCGAAUCAUCCCAUCAGACCAUUAUUGUGGGCACAUGUGGUUAUGUAGCUCCAGAACUUGCCUAUACGAUGGUUGUCACCGAAAAAUGUGAUGUAUACAGUUUUGGAGUGGUGGCACUGGAAACGUUAAUGGGAAAACAUCCUGAAGAAUUGUUACCAUGGUUGUCAUCAUCAACUUCUUUGGUAAAUACGAGGCUGAUUGAUGUGCUAGACAACCGUUUACCACUUCCGACAAGCCAAGUGGUUGCACAAAAUCUUGUUCGCAUUGCUACUUUGGCAUUCGCCUGCCUAAAUCCGCAACCUAGGUCUCGACCAACGAUGAAAGAAGUGUGCGAAGAGUUUCUUUGUGGCCAAACGUCCUUGGGAGUUCCCCUUCGGAUGAUCUCUUUGUUACAACUUGUGAACUGUGAAAAGCAUAUUGGAGGCAAAACUGGAACUUGUAAUGUUUAAACUCCAUGUGGUUGUUGUUGACUAGAUAUUGUUUAUCAUGCUUUGAUGAUUUGUUUGUAAACCAUAUCCUGUGUUAUAUAUGAUGGAAUGAAUUGCAAUGUUCAAUAAA